AUGAGGAGCUUGUUCUUUGUCCUUGUGGUUCUUGUCUUGCUCUCCUAUAUUCCACCAGUUAGAAGUGGACCAAAUAUAUACAUAAGAAGAUUUUUUAAUACAUGCUGGCGAACAAAAGGUGUCUGCAGGAAAAGUUGUUUCAGAGGUGAACUCUAUCAUAUUUUUUGUGAUACUUCACACCUGUGCUGCAUCAAUAAAAAGUUUAUGCCUAUACAGGUUGGGACAAUGACUUGA